AUGAAAUACGUAGUUCUGGCCCUUGCCCUCAUUGGCGCUGUUUCCGCUGGCUAUAUCGCCCCGGCAGCAUACACCGCCUAUUCGACUUCAGUUGUAGGUGCUCCUGUUGUGGGCGCUCCAGUUGUAGGUGCUCCACUUGCUUACUCUGCUCCAGGAUUCGCUGCUGCCCCAGUUCUCAGAUCAGCUGUCUACACUGCUCCAGCCAUUGCCGGUGCCCCAUUGGCCUAUUCUGCCCCAGUUGCUAGCUACGCUGCUCCUGUUGUUGAUGUUUGGAAGAAGAAGGCAGCCGCUUAG